CACAAUAAUAACGAGAGAGAAAGGAAGAGAUGGGGUCACUUCCACUCAUUUGUCUGCUAGUGUGUGGUGCGAAUGUCGGAAGCAUGGAAGCAAAGCAAAGGCCAAGAAUGGCGGCAACCCCCAUCCCUCUAUCAUCGUAAAUCCCCACUUCAACCUCCCCUCACGCUUUCCCCAUUCCUUCCUCCAACCCCCACCAAUGCAUGAGAGAGACAGAGAGAUUACCUAUAAGUAUUGUUAGUACUGUUAAAACAGGAUUAAUUUGCUCGCCUCGAAAGUUGGGUCUUGCAAGUGGUUUCCUAUUCGGGAAAAGUGAGGUGAUUUGAUUAGACUGGGCUGUGCGGGUGAAUCUGGCGUUUAAGACAAGGAAGAGUGUUUGUUGAAGCAUUCCCCAGUGAGAGAAGAGAAGAUGAUGAAGAUGGUGCCUCAUAAUCACCACCACCGUCCAUUAUCGCCCUUUGAUAACGAUUCCUGUGCUGGGGGUGGUGAUGGCGAUGGCCCCACAACUUCUUCUGCGUCUGUGUCUAUGUACAUGACUCAUCAUCAUCAUAAUAUAAACCAUGUUGUUAGUGGAGGUUAUGCUUCUCCUGCCGUUUCUGCAGCAGCUGUUCAUAGUGGGGGUGUUGCUGUAAGAACGUUGCAGCCUUUUGACAUUUCCACUCGCCCUCCCUUCAAAUCCCCAGGAACGAUGGCGGCUUCGUUAGGGUUCCCUUUCACAAAUGCACAAUGGAAGGAGCUUGAAAGGCAAGCCAUGAUUUACAAGUACAUGAUGGCCUCUGUUCCUGUUCCUCCCAAUCUCCUUAUCCCCAACGCUCUCACAUCUGCUUCUUGUUCUCCCUUUGAUGGAGGUUUCAAUCUGAGGUUGUCAAGUAGCAGCACUGAUCCAGAGCCAGGGAGGUGCAGGAGAACAGAUGGGAAGAAAUGGAGAUGUUCUAGAGAUGUGGCUCCUAACCACAAGUACUGCGAGCGUCAUAUGCACAGAGGUCGUCCCCGUUCAAGAAAGCCUGUGGAAGUUCAAACCGACAGCAGCGCCACCGACAACAACGAGCAAACCAAAAGGGCUCGCCAAGAUUUCCAUCAUCCUUAUCCUACACCUUCAGUUUCUGUGGCUGUUUCAAAUCCCGUCAUCACAAAUGCUGGAUCUUCUUCUCAGUUUCUUCAGUCUGGUACCAGUCAGCCACUACGCGAAUCUUCCCUUUCUCUUGACAAGUAUGGUGUUAAAGCCUCUAAUUUUGGAUCUUUCGCUUCUGUGCCAUCUGAGAGCCAACCCAGGGGUUUGGACUGGAUGCUAAAGGGAGACCCCAUUUCCAUUGCUGCUUCUGAGCCAGAAUGGCAGCCUCUGAUGCAAGCUAAAGCUGAUUUCAUCAAACAGAGUUCCUGCAGCGGCAGCGGCAGCAACAACAACGCCGCCACCCUUUCGAGUUCAAGUUACGAAGACGCUCUUUAUCUGAGUUCCUUUGCAUCUUUCAACUCAGGGCUGGACCAACAAAACAGACAUUGCUCUCUGUUCCUCAAUCCGCUCCUUCCCAUGGAGAAUCCCGAGCCCCGAAAACCCAGGGGAUUCAUUGACGCUUGGUCUAAUGCUGAAACAGCGGAAAACAAUAAUGCCAACGCCAGCAAAAGUCCUGUUUCGUCAAAUGCUAAAUUAUCCCUUUCUUCGCUCGAUCUAUCAAUGGCAGGUGGUUCUGCUGUGGAUGAAGAAAUGCGUUCUAUUCACAUGGGUUUAGGCCUAAUGGAGCCAGGUGGAAACACAGAAAAUGGCAACAAAACCCAUCUUGCUAGUUGGCUCACUCCUGCCGCCGCACAUUGGGGGGGUUCAACACCUGGUGGUCCCCUAGCUGAGGUUCUAAGGCCAAGCGCGGGGGCUCCGGCCAACGAGGCGGCCUCCAAUCCAGAGUCUCCGGUCAUGACAAAUGCCGAAUCAGGCAGUCCUUUGGCAACAAUGGUGUCAUCUCCAUCUGGGGUUUUGCAGAGAACGCUGGGAUCCAUAUCUGAUUGUAGUAGCAAUAGUAGCCCCACAGUGGCAUCUUCAAGGGCCAAUUCUGAGUUUGCGUUGCUCUUGUUCAAUAAAGCAAAUUAGUAUCUUUGAGUUGAGGUGCUUGAUUUGGGAUGUGGUAUCAAGUAUUAUGUAAUCUUGAUUUGGUUGGAUAUUUAGGUAGCUUAAGGAUUUUCUGGGUGUUUUGUAUACUCAAAAAUCUGGGCGACUUGUGCUUAUGUUACUGUGAAGAAGACUGUGUUCUGUUUUUCAGGUCGGGAUGAUAUCUGUUAUGGGGACUGUUCUGUGGAAUUAUUUUUGUUCGUGGCCAUGUCUGGUCCGACGGAUCUGACAUUGACCAGGUCAACUCCCUUUCAUCCUCAAGUUUCAAGGGAAAAUA